CCUCCUCUUUCCAUUAAAAACUGCGGAUUUAUAGGUUCCAAUAUUGAAAAGUUAACACUUUUAUCAGAUUUUUUCGUUCGGCUGCAGAUAACUAACACGAAGGAAACGGUGAUCGCUCUGUGUUUCUUCUCCUUCUGAUCAGCGAAGCAGUCCGAGCUUGCAGGGACAACAAUGGCGGACGCAAAGAGGUCGCUGGAUUACUGGAGAAAGUUCUUCGGCAGCGCAAAAACUGACAUUUUUGAGUUGAUCGAGAAAGCCAUCGUCUUGGCAGCGGUGGAUCGCCCGAAUGAGUUUAAGGAGAAGAAAGAUAUGAUUGCAGAGAAGCUCCAGAAUUCCAACAAUGGCGAUGAUGAUCCCAGGAAGGAGGUGGAGGAGAAAAAUGGCUAUAAUUGUGAGAAUCCCCAAGAGAUUCAGAUAGAUAAAGAGGUGAUGAGGAUAAAGCAGGUUCUUUGCAGCGGCUCUGGUUCUGAUGAAGUCUUGUAUGAAGCUCUGAAGACUCUGCAACUCAUGGAAAUGUCUGUCGAAACUCUGAAAAGGACUGAAAUUGGAAGAAUGGUGAAUGCUCUGCGCAAACAUAGCUCUGUUCAUAUUCGAAACCUUGUUCUGAAUCUCGUUAAUGGAUGGAAGCUUUUGGUGGAUCAAUGGGUUAAAUCCACAGCUGAAUCCACGGUGCCAAUUUCUGAAGAAAAGGCAGGUAGCCAUUCUUCUUCUGGAGCAAAGAGAAAGCAGGUGGAGGAAGUUGAAGAUAUGUCGAGGUUGGAGAUUGCGAAGAAGAAGCUUCAUGAUGGAUACCAGAGAGCGGAAAUCGCGAAGAAGAGGCGGAUGAUACAAGUAAUAGAGCCUGGAGAUCUUCCUGUGGAUUCAAGCAAACCAGGAGGAGGAAGAAGAAGAAGGCUACCAGCAUUCUGAUUCAGUUCUGUGCUGAAAAUCUUUCAGAUUUGUUCUGUUUUUGGUUGUUAGUCUUUGUUCAUAGGUUUUUUCUAGAUCUUGUGUGUUGAUGUGUUUGAAGUUAGAGAAAAUAUUAGGUAAGAAGUUUACAUCCAUGCAUACUGAAUUUGAACAUAUUGCAUAGGGGGGAUGAUGAUAUUUCAUCUGCACUUUUCUUGUUUAAG